AUGCCAGGCACAUUUGACCCUAUACCAGGUUUCGAGAAGAUUGCUUCAGCAGUCAACAAGGGAAGAACGGGAGAAGACGAUGCCAGUGGCUUACCGCAAGGCACCUGGUUAGGGGGCGUUUAUCUAGGUCAUGGAAGCUUUGGCACCGUACACUACUGGCUCAAGGUCGACCAAAACCAGAACGUCAUCGAUCGUAUGGUUAUCAAAGAUGUCGAAUGCUUCGAUAACACCAAGGAGUCCUCAGCUUACCGGGGCAUAUACGAAGAGCUUGUUCGCAAGGAUAUGGAUUUUGGUAUCAAUCCCGACAAACCGGGCAAGGCGACAAUUGACGAGAGAUUUUUGAGAGAAGCCUAUCUGCAGGGGCUUAUGACCGACAACAACAAACCCUUCUCGGCUACUACUGUUCCACUUCGAGGAUUCAAGAGAGGUCAUCUCGACAGGAUGGAACAGGGACGAAAACUCCAUCAUUGGCGCAUUUACAUGGAUUUCUUCCACGCAGGCGAUCUCAAUAAAUUGAUCAAAAGCCAUCUCACCGACAAGGGAGUCCCAAAGAGACCCAUACCUGAGCCGUACAUCUGGUGGGUCUUCACCUGUUUUGCCGAAGCUCUACUCCAGCUGGAGAGUGUUGUGCAGGCGAGACCCAAUGCACGUCAAGAACAAGACGAAGUGAUCGCACUAAUGGACAUGAAGCCAGCCAACAUUCUGCUGGAAGCCAGACGAGACGAUCGGUAUCCAGUUUACCCGAAACCUUUGCUGUCUGAUCUAGGCGCAUCCCACAUCCUCCACAAAGAAGAUCCGCUGCAGAACCGAAGUGUCGAAGGCAGUUACCCUCACGGAGCCACACCAGGCUUCUUUCCUCCUGAAAUGUGGAAAGCCACUGGGACUGAAUUUGGUACACUACGGGGCAUCGACAAGCCUGUAUACUCUUGGACCAAUGUUUGGCAAGUCGGUCGAACUAUCGAGUGUAUGAUGCGUCUGAAGACAAUGCUACUUCACGAACAAGUUUCAUUAAUCUGUGAUCGCGAUUCACGCAUCAANAAAGACCCACCCAAGUUCAAGAGGUUACCUAAAUUCAAAUACAGCAGCGACCUCAUCGACCUUGUCGAGCGUUGUCAGCGUUUCGAACCAGAGGAGAGACCUACGCCAGCCGAACUGCUAGGACUAAUCAGAUCGCUUGCACCCAAGCACAAUGGUGGUAUGGAUGAAUGGGGCAAUGCCAAAUGGAUUAAGAAUCGAGAAGCGGCACCACAACCCAAAACUUACUCGGUAGUGGCCACAAGCUCGGCAAGCAGCAACAUGGAUUUUCUUGAUGGGUAUCCUCCCGACUGGGCUGAGAGAUAUCGCCAGCUAGAUGUGAGAUUACCUAGGGGUGCNGAUCUUGCCUUCUAUGGCAACAAAAAUCCCGCCAGGCUCAACACCAGAGCUGCCAUUCCUGAGAGAAAGCCAUAUAACCCGCUCAACGACGUGAACUGGAAUUAG